AUGGCUGCCACCCGGCAGACCAACCGCGACGUGGUGCGGGUCCGGGAAGCCCUCAGGCAUUUGUACGGGAAAUGUCACCAAAGACUCUGGCUACAUACAGGAAGUGACUGGAAUGCACAUUGCAUGCAGGAGACACUGUUCUACCUUAGAGUUGGACACCUUCCCUACUCCAUGACAGACAUCAACACAACCAACUUAAACAAUCCUUCUACCUUCAUUCUGGUGGGUAUUUCUGGACUGGAGAUGGCCCAUGUCUGGAUCUCUAUCCCCUUCUGCACUCUAUAUGUCAUAGCCGUCUUGGGGAACUUUACCAUCCUCUUCAUCGUGAAGACAGAGUCGAGCCUACAUAGACCCAUGUACUAUUUCCUCUGCAUGCUGGCCUUCACGAGCCUACAUAGGCCCAUGUACUAUUUCCUCUGCAUGCUGGCCUUCACGGACCUGGUCCUCUCUACAUCCACCCUGCCCAAAACUCUGGGCAUCUUCUGGUUCAAUGCCAGGGAGAUAUAUUUCAGUGCCUGCCUCACCCAGAUGUUCUUCAUUCACUGCUUCACAGUGGUGGAGUCUGGGAUCCUUGUGGCCAUGGUUUUUGAUCGCUACAUGGCCAUCUGCCAUCCCCUAAGAUAUUCCAGUGUCCUGACAAAUGGCAUGGUGGUCAAGAUUGGCCUGGCUGUGGUGCUGCGUGGUGGCAUGCUUAUACUACCGUAUCCCCUUCUGGCGAGGUGGUGGCCAUAUUGCAGAACCCAUGUCAUCGCUCACUCGUAUUGCAAGCACAUUUCUGUAGUAACUCUGGCCUGUGCCGACAUUCGUGUCAGUAGUUACUAUGGUCUCUCUGUGACAAUCUUUGUGAGUAGUCUAGAUGUGUUUUUCAUCACAGUGUCCUAUAUCCAGAUCCUCAGGGUCAUCUUCAGUCUCCGCACAAAGGACACCCGCCUCAAGACCUUUGGGACCUGCAGCUCCCACCUCUGUGCCAUCUUAAUCUUUUAUAUCCCAGAUGUUUUCUCCACCGUCAUGCACCGGUUACAUCACAAUGUGCCCCUGCAUGUCCUCAUUCUUAUUGCUAAUGUGCAUCUUCUUGUGGCCCCCAUGUUACACCCCAUCAUCUAUGGGGUGAGGACUACGCAAAUCCGGGACAAGUUGUUCAGGCUAUUUCCUCAUAAAAGGAACUAA